CCACCACGGGCUUGCGCUCUGUUCAGAAAGAGAGAAGGAGGUAGGUCGCGGUGUAUCAGUAGCCUACAGGCAGAGAGACGGGCGGCGGUAAGGACGCACGGGGACGGUUAAUUUUACGCGACACGAAGGCCAUAUUCUUCUCAAGAUGCUGAGCGCAGUGCUGUUGUGUGUGUGUGCGUUCGCAUGCGGACAGGUCAUCGGAGCGGCUACACGUCCGGACAAUGGCAAUUUUCUGGAUGACAAAUGGCUCAGCGGGAGAUGGGAUAAAUUUCGAGACGAAGUCGAGGAGCCUGGUACCUGGAAUCCAGGAAAGCCAUUUGAUCAAGCUCCUGAUCCUGCCAAAGACCCCUGCCAAAAAAUCAAAUGCGGCCGAUACAAAGUGUGUGUCACUGAAGAUUACAGCACCCCUACCUGUGUGAGCCAGAGGCGCGUGAGUAUUAAAGACAUUGGCUUGGCUCAGAGUCCAGGUGGGAAGUGUAAGAGAUGUCCAGUUGUCCACCCCUCUCCUGUGUGUGGGACAGAUGGGCACAGUUACUCCUCAAAGUGUAAACUGGAGUACCAGGCCUGUAUCUCUGGGAAGCAGAUUGCUGUGAAAUGCUCUGGACAAUGUCCAUGUCCUUCUCCAAGUCCACAGAGUCAUCUGGAGAAGAAAGAUUGCAGUGCUACUGAGACUGCACAAGUGGUCAGCAGACUGAGAGACUGGUUCAAAGUUCUUCACGAAAAUGGAAGCAGCAAAAAGCUGAAGUUCCAGCGCCCAGACAAAAGCCGCAUUGACCCCAGUGCUCCACUUUGUAGAGACUCUGUGGGCUGGAUGUUCACCAGAUUGGAUACCAACUUUGACCUUGCCCUGGACCGGUCAGAGCUAGUGUCUCUGGCCCAGGAUGAGAAUGAUCGGUGCACUGCUGCCUUUCUCAAGUCAUGUGACAUCUCCGGCGAUGAACAUCUGUCCAGCAGGGAGUGGUGCUCCUGCUUCCAGAGACAACAGGGCUCCCCCUGCCUUGCAGAGCUCAAUAAUAUCAACAACAAGCAAGGUGGCAAAAGACUGCUGGGUCAGUUUUUGCCAGUUUGUGAUGAAGAUGGCUUCUACAAAACUCACCAGUGCCAUGGCAGCAGUGGGCAGUGUUGGUGUGUGGAUCGCUAUGGAAACGAACUGGCAGGCUCCCGCAUACAUGGACCGGCCAGCUGUGGUCCAGUGGCAGAAGCCUCGGGUGACUUUGGAAGUGGUGAUGCUCAAAUGCAGUCAGAUGAUGAGGAUUCUGACUACCUAAACGAUGAAGAGCUGUAUGAUGAUGAGGAUGAGGAGGAAGAUGAUGGCACUGAAUAUGAUUGAUACCUCAUAAAAGAAGACAAUAACACAACAACAACAACAACAACAACAAGAAACAUUUUAAAACUCAUCUUUGGUGCACGUUGCUAGGUGACCCCCCCCAUACUAACUAUGACAAGUGAUCUCUUGACUCCGCAUUGUUUGUCCUUUUGUCUGAGUCCCACCCCUUGUCCUGACGAGCGUCUGAGUCCCACCACGUGUCCUGACGAGCGUCUGAGUCCCACCCCUUGUCCUGACGAGCGUCUGAGUCCCACCCCUUGUCCUGAUGAGCGCGUCUGAGUCCCACCCCUUGUCCUGACGAGCGUCUGAGUCCCACCCCUUGUCCUGACGAGCGUCUGAGUUGAUGUGGUUGUGCUGGCUGCUGAAUGAGGAGGCCAGCCUGCGCCUUCCUGACCCCCAGAGCAGCUAGCUGAGGCACAGAUCAUGUGCAAUUCACCUGCCCUUACAACAUGCACACACACACACACACACACACACACACACACACACAAACACACACACACACACACAUAUGCAUGAACACACACACACACAAGCAUAUGACAUUCACAUGGCAAAAACACACACACAACGUUGGCUGUGUUCUUUUGUUUCUUGUGGUGUGUGCGUGUUGACCGUGUGUAGAAUAUUGCACUUUCUCAUUUCUUUCAUCCAGAGUUGCCAACAAAAGGUUAGCUGUGCUACUUCAUAGCCCGCUAGGUUGUAUAGAGAGCAUACAGUUUAAUGUCAUCAUGGUUGUUUAUAGAGGAGUUCCUACUAAUACCGGACCGGGGACAGACAAGAGCUGUAAGGAAAAAGCAUUAUGGUUACAAAGAUAGCUGAUACAUAUGACACUUAAGAAGUUAAGAGGCUAUUUUUCUAUGGCAUUGUAUUACAUGCGUGAACUUUUUUUUCUGAAGGAAGGAACAUCAUAUGGAUUCCAUUGAGAAUGGUUUAAUGCCAGUGAUGAAACAUAGUCAACAUAAUAAUUCUACUCAAGUAAAACAUAAACUCUAAUCUGCAUAUAGAAAAUAUAUAAACACACAAAUACACAAUCACAAUACUGUCAUUAUAUUCUCAUUGUCAUACCUGUUAGACACUGACUGCUAGAGUGAGGUGCCUUUGAUUGGUUAAGAGAGGGAGAGAGAAAUGAGGUGAAGAACUUUUUUUAUUUGGCUUAGGUAGACAUAAAGGCUGUAGUCCUGUAGGAAGCAGAUCAGGCAGCUUAGCGCUGGACUGCUGGGUUUGACUGUCUUGAGGACUGAGUGAAUGGGCCUGUCUGUGUAUAGAUACACCGUUUGUGUGUGAGUGUAUUCAUAUAUAUCAGUGUGUUCUAUAUGAAGUAUGCAAUUGAUCCAUAUUGAACUGUACUGUAGCAGUUAGCAGUAAGACUUCAAAAAGACGUGUCUGUUUAUUUUUGUAUCUGUUGGUUUAGUCAUGUUUUUUAAAUUGGACCAUGUAUCCACUGGUAAAAUAACAUGUUAGGCCUGAGUAAUUGUUCUGGAGUUUGGCUGAUGAGCCUCGGCUUCGUCCAUCGGUUGACCUAACUGUGAUUCUCAUUCUGAUCUCACUGUAUCUCACCUCUCCAUCUCAACAAGGACCAUCACUCGACUCCGUCUCUUUUAGACAUAUAGGCAUUUUUUACAGUGUAUGAUUUGCUGAAAUAAACAAUAUUGACCAAAUGUGAA